AUGAGGCAGCAAGAAGACCGCGCGCUGCUCCCCACGACCUCCCCGGCCUCCGCCGACGGCACCGCUUCUUCCUCCUCGGCGGCGCGGCUGCGGACGGCGGGGCUGGUGGCGGCGUGGUACGCGACCAACAUCGGCGUGCUGCUGCUCAACAAGUUCCUGCUCUCCGUCUACGGCUUCCGGUACCCGGUGUUCCUCACCGCCUGCCACAUGUCCGCCUGCGCGCUGCUCUCCUCCCUCCUCUCCGCCGCCACCUCCUCCCCGCCGCGGAAGCCCCUCUCGCGGGGGCAGGCGGCCAGGGUGGCCGUGCUGGGCGCCGUCUUCUGCGGCUCCGUCGUCGCCGGCAACGUCUCGCUGCGCUACCUCCCGGUCUCCUUCAACCAGGCCGUCGGCGCCACCACGCCCUUCUUCACCGCGCUCAUCGCCUACGCCAUCGCCGCGCGCCGCGAGGCCGGCGCCACCUACGCCGCCCUCGUCCCCGUCGUCGCCGGCGUCGUCAUCGCCACCGGGGGCGAGCCGAGCUUCCACCUGUUCGGCUUCGUCAUGUGCGUCGGCGCCACGGCGGGGAGGGCGCUCAAGACCGUGCUGCAGGGGAUCCUGCUCUCGUCGGAAGAGGAGAAGCUCAACUCCAUGGACCUGCUCCGGUACAUGGCGCCGGUGGCCGUCGUCCUGCUGGUGCCGGCGACGCUGAUCAUGGAGCCCGACGCGCUCAGCGCGGCGGCCGCGCUCGCCCGGGCAGAUCCCAGCUUCGUCUGGAUGCUGCUCCUCAACUCCUCGCUGGCCUACCUGGUGAACCUGACAAACUUCCUCGUCACCAAGCACACCAGCCCGCUCACGCUCCAGGUCCUCGGGAACGCGAAAGGCGCGGUGGCCGUCGUGGUUUCCAUCCUGAUAUUCAGGAACCCGGUGACCGUCAUGGGGAUGCUGGGCUACGGGGUCACCAUCCUCGGCGUGGUCCUGUAUGGCGAGGCCAAGAAGAGGAGCAAGUGAGCUCAACCUGGGGUCUCUUGUUUUCGCAACUCCAAUGCUCCAGGAGAUGCUGACUGAGACACUUGAUCUUUCGCCGGAGCCCUCCAAGUUCCGGACUAGUCCUGAAUCCUGAUUGUGUCACGAUGAAGACGGCCAACUCAUGUACUGUAUUUCAUUCAACAUAUAUUCAUGCCCCAGGUUGCAACCUGGGGUCCUUGAAGUCUAGGACUUUGUGCGUAAGCCCAUAGAUAAGAAUGUACUAUAGAGCAAGUGCCUGAUUGAUAUUCGUAUUAAGAGAGAUGUACAGAUACCAUGAGGAACAUGAUAUGUCUAUAAAACUAUUCAAGAUAACA